CACCAGUGAGUUUUUCUUCACCCUUAUUGAAUAAUCUCAUUUGAUAAUGACUACAAGUGAUCAUAAAAGCAAAUUGAUGCCUAAUGCUGGUGUCACUGACCCCGAAGUCGAUCCUAGCCAUGAUCCUGCCACUGCUAUUUUGCGCCGUAAAGCCGCACCCAACAAAUUGAUGGUGGACGAUGCUUCCAAUGAUGAUAACUCAGUUAUUACUUUGUCUACUGCCACCAUGGAAAGACUUCAACUUUUCCGCGGUGAUACUGUACUUGUCAAGGGCAAGAAGAGAAGAGACACAGUGCUUAUCGUGUUGGCCGACGAUGACGUGGAGGAUAACAAGGCCAAAAUUAACAAAGUCGUGCGUAACAAUUUACGUGUGCGCCUUGGUGAUAUUAUCAGCAUUCACCCAUGUCCAGAUAUCAAAUACGGCAAACGUAUUCAUGUUUUGCCUAUCGAUGACACUGUUGAAGGCUUGACCGGCAACUUGUUUGAAACUUACUUGAAACCCUACUUCUUGGAAGCCUACCGUCCCGUCCGCAAGGGCGACUUAUUCCUUGUGCGCGGUGGUAUGCGUGCAGUAGAAUUCAAGGUCGUGGAAACCGAUCCCGAUGAUUACUGUAUUGUUGCACAAGAUACGGUCAUCCACUGCGAAGGUGAACCGAUCAAGCGUGAAGACGAAGAACAAAACUUGAAUGAAGUGGGAUACGAUGAUAUUGGUGGUUGUCGUAAACAGAUGGCUCAGAUUCGUGAGAUGGUUGAACUUCCUUUGCGCCAUCCUCAACUUUUCAAGACCAUUGGUAUUAAACCACCCCGCGGUAUUCUCAUGUAUGGUCCUCCUGGUACCGGUAAAACGUUGAUUGCUCGUGCUGUCGCCAAUGAAACUGGUGCUUUCUUCUUCCUCAUCAACGGUCCUGAGAUCAUGUCCAAGAUGGCCGGUGAAUCUGAAAGCAACCUGCGCAAGGCCUUUGAAGAAGCAGAAAAGAACUCUCCCGCCAUCAUCUUUAUCGAUGAAAUCGAUGCUAUUGCACCCAAGCGUGAAAAGACCAACGGUGAGGUGGAACGUCGUGUCGUUUCUCAGCUUCUCACUUUGAUGGACGGUAUGAAGUCGCGUUCCAAUGUCGUUGUGAUUGCGGCUACCAACCGCCCCAACUCCAUUGAUCCUGCUUUGCGUCGUUUCGGUCGUUUCGAUCGUGAAGUGGAUAUUGGCAUUCCUGAUCCUACUGGUCGCCUUGAAAUUCUUCGUAUUCAUACCAAGAACAUGAAAUUGGAUGAUGAAGUUGAUUUGGAACAAAUUGCUUCUGAAACCCACGGUUAUGUUGGUGCCGAUAUGGCUUCGCUUUGUUCCGAAGCGGCUAUGCAACAAAUCCGUGAAAAGAUGGAUUUGAUCGAUCUUGAAGAAGAAACCAUUGACACCGAAGUACUGGACAGUCUGGCCGUUACCAUGGACAACUUUAGAUACGCUUUGGGUGUUUCUAAUCCUUCGGCUCUCCGCGAAACUGCUGUUGAAGUACCUUCUGUAAAGUGGUCCGACAUUGGUGGUUUGGACAAUGUCAAGUUGGAAUUGCAGGAAACCGUCCAAUAUCCUGUGGAACAUCCAGAAAAGUUCCUGAAGUUUGGUAUGAGUCCUUCCAAGGGUGUCUUGUUCUAUGGUCCUCCUGGUACCGGUAAGACCUUGUUGGCCAAGGCUAUUGCCAACGAAUGUCAAGCCAACUUCAUCUCCAUCAAGGGUCCUGAAUUGUUGACAAUGUGGUUUGGUGAAUCCGAAUCGAAUGUGCGUGAUGUAUUUGACAAGGCACGUGCAGCUGCGCCAUGCGUUAUGUUCUUUGAUGAAUUGGAUUCGAUUGCCAAGGCUCGUGGCGGUUCAUUGGGUGAUGCAGGAGGUGCAGGUGAUCGUGUUCUGAAUCAGAUUUUGACCGAAAUGGAUGGUAUGAAUGCCAAAAAGAAUGUGUUCGUUAUCGGUGCUACCAACCGUCCUGAUCAAAUUGAUCCCGCUCUUUUGCGUCCUGGUCGUUUGGAUCAGCUCAUCUAUAUCCCUCUCCCUGAUGAAAGCUCGCGUCUUUCCAUCUUAAAGGCCCAAUUGCGCAAGUCGCCUGUUUCCCCUGAUGUGGAUUUGGCUUUCAUUGCCAAGCACACUCAAGGAUUCUCUGGUGCUGAUUUGUCCGAAAUCUGUCAGCGUGCUGCUAAAUUGGCCAUCCGUGAAGAUAUUGAAAAAGAAAUCGCCCAAGAAAAGGAGCGCAAGGCAAAACAGGAAGCCGGUGAAGAUGUCGGCAUGGAAGAAGAUGAAGACGAAGAUGUCGUCGCCUACAUUACUCGUGCUCAUUUUGAGGAAGCUAUGCGCUUUGCUCGCCGAUCAGUCAGCGACAACGAUAUCCGACGAUACGAAGUAUUUGCUCAGAAUCUGCAACAGCAGCGCGGUUUCGGUACCUUCAAGUUCCCUGAAGGCGGAGCUGGUUCUGCACAGGGUAUGGAUGGUGUUACCGCCGGUGAAAGCGGUUUUGGUCAAGAAGGUGGCGAUGAUGAUCUUUAUGCGUAAAUAAAGCGAGAAACAUAAAUUUUCGAGUGGACGUCUUCAAUUUCGUCCUUCAGAAGCUGUCAUAUUUUUUUUUUUCACAAAAUACAAUCACAGAAAUAAACAAAUAAACACUGUGCUAUUGCUGAAUGUCUACCCUUUAUAUGAUCAACACUAUUGCCUGCUCCUGUGUCUUAC